CAAAAGUCACAAAUUAUUGCUGAUGAACUAAAAUUUCGAUAAUUUUCGACAAUUUUGACAAACCUCAGCAAUCUACGAAAUACCAACACCAAUCAGUGUUGGAGUAGUCUGUUGCAUACUAAUAUACACUUUUCAUCACAAAAUCUAUAUUUCCGCUAUAGAUAUCCAGUCUUCGAACACAUUCAUCAUGGCGCAAACCUCUUUGGCCGACCUCAUUGCGGCCUUGCCUGAAGGCGAUGGAUGGGGCCCCCCUCCCGUCACCGAAACCACCUUGAAUGGUGUUCCCUAUGCGCCCUUUUCCAAGGGCGAUAAGCUAGGCCGUAUGGCUGACUGGACUGCCGACAGCAAGGACGGCAGGGAUGGACGCGGAGGCAGACAACAGUAUAACCGCAACUACAGAGAUCAACAGAUUUACGGUGCUGGCAGUGCCGCGCUCUUCACUGCUCCCGUUGCCGAGGAUGAGAACACCUUCUCCGUUGUCAGCCGAGAGACCACCAAGACCCGUUACGGCCGCGGAGCCGUCUUCACCCGUGGUCGUGGACAAAGAGGUGCCCGCCAGGAUACGAGAGGCGGCCGUGGACAGUCACAGAGAGGCCGUGGUGGUCAGCAGGGUUAUGGAUAUGAUAGCCGUGGUGGACGUUCUAAUGCGCCUCGUGGUCGCCGCUUCGGCUGGAAAGAUUACGACAAGCCAACCCGCAAUCGCGAUGCUUCCAUCAACAUCAAACCUGAUUGGCAGCUACUAGAAGAAAUCGAUUUUAACAGACUGGCCAAACUCAACCUCGACGCUGAUGAGGGCGAGGAUAUUGAGAGCUACGGUUUCCUCUACUACUACGAUCGAUCCUUCGACAAGCAGCCGGUCAAAGCUGCUGAGAGAAAGCUGAUACCUAUUGACCGUGCCGCUUACAACGUCACAACUUCCUCCGACCCUAUCAUCCAAGAAUUAGCAGAGAAGGAGGAAGCCACCAUCUUUGCCACUGACAGCAUUCUGUCUAUGGUCAUGUGCUCCACUCGCUCAGUCUAUCCGUGGGAUAUUGUCAUCGUCCGGCAAGGCAACAAGAUCUUCCUUGACAAGCGUGAUAAUGCCACUCUUGACCUGGUAACUGUGAACGAGAACGCUGCCGAUGCGCCCAUGGAGGCCUCUGACGGCAACAAGGAAGGUAUCAACCAGCCUGGGGCUCUUGCGGAAGAGGCUACCUACAUCAACCACAACUUCGCCAACCAGGUGGUUCUGGAGAACGAGGCACAGAGGGUAGAUAUGCCACAUGAGAACCCCUUCUACAACGCUUCCGAGGAGAGCGAGCCUCCGGCAAGCAAGGUCUACAAGUACCGUAGGUUUGAUCUCUCCACUAGCGAUGAGGAUCCGAUGUACUUGGUGGUCCGAACCGAACUCGAUGCGGUUCAGAAGAAUGCCAUCAGCGGAGACGACCAGUUCGUAACCGUCAAGGCUCUGAACGAGUUCGAUAGUAAGGCACAAGGUAGUGGUGGUGCCUUGGACUGGAGAACCAAGCUGGUUAGUCAGCGUGGUGCGGUUGUCGCAACGGAGAUGAAGAACAACAGCGUCAAGCUUGCGCGAUGGACGGUGCAGAGCAUCUUGUCCAAGGCAGACGUAAUGAAGCUUGGAUUCGUUUCUCGAGCUAACCCCAAGACCAACGACAAGCACGUCAUUCUGGGAGUUAUCGGCUGGAAACCCAAGGACUUCGCCAACCAGAUGAACUUGUCUCUUUCCAACGGUUGGGGUAUCGUACGCACGAUUGCCGACAUGUGCCUCAAGCGUGGCGAUGGCAAGUUUGUGCUUGUCAAGGAUCCUAAUAAGUCGAUCCUUCGCUUGUACGAGGUGCCUGCUGGUAGCUUCGACGAGGACGCCGACGAUGAGCUGGUGCCCGAGACGGUUGCUGAGGAGGAGUAAAGUGUUUAUGGGGUUGUAUUUAAAAAAUUAGAAGCAUUAUGAGGAACAUAGUCCGGUGUUUUUACGAGUCUUCUACCUCGAGAGUGCCUCGGAUAGAUUUUGGGGUUGCGUAGUGGCUCUACGUAGGACUAUAUUUCGAAUGGAAUACAAUGAUACUCAAGCAUUUCCCGUGAUACAAGAUGUUCUUACUAUACUCAAGUGCUUCCAAGUAAACAUUCAUGAAUCGACAUAAUAGUAUACUACUGAUUGAUUAGG